GUGACAGUCGACGCGGUGACCCGGAACUGGUCGGCGGGGAGCGCUGACCCCGAGUGCCUUGGCUUGCCAUAGCAACAGGCAAGCGGCAUGGAGAGAAGGGAGGAGGUGCGCCCACCACGUGCACUUCCACCAGUGCCAAGCACCAAAGUCAAAGAUGUACCUAUAAACAAGGCUAGAAAGAAAAAAUCCAAUGCGAGCAAUGGAGUAGACACACUUGUGACUUCAACUGGGCGACGCUAUUCUGAAAGUAUCGAACCCCUUACCCCAGAUCUUCAGGGUACUGCUCCUAAGAAGAAAAAGAAGAAAAAAAAGCUAUCAGCUGAAUUGGAAACCUCCUUCACCCAGCAGAAUGCCUCUGACGUGUGCAAUUUCUACACUGGACCGGAUGAUGAAGUUACUCGGAAAAUCAAGAAGAGAACCAAGAGAACACGGCCUGCUGGUUACAGUAAUGAGCUUGAAGUGGAAGAAGAAGACAUUAUCAGUGAGGGGCAGGCUCCUCAGCUCAGAGGUCCUAUUUUUGCCAUAUCAGCUUGUUCGAGCCAGCCUGUGGACAAAGUCUUCCUGGAACGAAGCCGUCGAUUCCAGGCCACAGACAGGAUGGAGAUACAGAAAUCUGCCGAGCAGGUUGAUGUGUACAUGGAGGUCAAGCCCACCUUGACAACCAGAGACGUCUCUUUACAGGUACACCGUGGAUUCAGGAUAAUUGGGCUUUUCUCACAAGGGUUUCUGGCUGGAUACAUGGUUUGGAAUAUCAUUGUAGUUUACGCACUGUCGGGUAACGAUUUAUCUAAACUCCCAAAUCUACUGCAACAGUACAGCUUGUUGGUCUACCCAGGACAGUGCCUCCUGUACAUGCUGCUUGCCAUCAGCACCGUCUCUGCAUUUGACAGGCUUAAUGUAGCUGAUGCACCAAUGGCAGUGCGUAGAAUUGUAACACUGGAUCCUGCUGCAUUGGCCUCUGUCUUGUACUUCAUAGCUCUGGUAUUAUCACUGAGCCAGCAGAUGCCCAGUGACAGGCUUAACAGGUAUCAAUUCGCAGCAGAAUUGAAUUACACUCUUUGGCCUUCUGGAUCAGAGUUUCACAUUCUGCACCCUUGGAUUGUAGUGAACCUUGUAGUGAGCAUCUUGGUUGGACUGGCCUGGAUCUUCCUGUCAUAUCAUCCCAUGCUUGACUAUACCGAAGAAUCGGAGUUUGCAUCACACCUGAAUGACAUUGGUGCUUCCGAUGAGAAAGUUAAAGCUCAAGCAUAAAGUAUGAGCCUUUAGUACUGAAGGUGUGUGGAGCAUUACAUCUGAAUGGUCUGGCUACAAGAGACUUUGAAUUCCUUUUGUAUAGCUGUAUUGAGCAAAUUGUCUGGUGCAGAUGCCCAUGCUUAUGUUUUACCCCGAAGUCAAUUUCCAUCUCUUUUGGACAGAAGUUGAAAGGAUGGCCAUAUCACAUGUUAUAGCUUCUCGUGAUCCAAUAUGAACAGCCCUGUAGAUAUCAGGUACAAGUCGACCUUUGAAGCUACAAAGAAUUCCUUCUGAAACUUGGAUCAACAUAUACAUUGAGUAUGCUGGUGUGGGUGGCCUCCGUCUGUGUUUGCAGUGACUCCUUUGUGUGGGUGUGUCUUAAACUUUUGUGCAUCCUUGCUGAAUCUCUUGCACCCUGAUGUAAAGUACCAGUAAGAAAAAAAUUCACUUGUGGGGUGAAAAUUGAGGCUGACUACUAAUACAAGUACAACAUGUCACAAACAGUAUGGGAAGGGGUCAGUUUAUACACUGAGAAUAUGCAAAAUCAAGAUUUAUUUGGGGCUGAUAAAGAGGAAGUCCUGCUCUUAUACUGGGUUGACUUAUAUCCCUAAUUUACUGUAAUAUUGGAUUGGGUGUCAAGUAGGGUUGUAUACUGUCAUUUGUAACUGACACCCACAUUCAGAUACUGCUCAGAUCAAGGGAGCUGAAGUUUGCUUUGCUAGUUUCAGGAGAGUUAUGAAUAAAUGCUUACCAUUCAAAACAACCCUAAAGCAGAACACUUUCUCUUUGUUUCACUUGUGGAAUGUGGGCAUCUCCUUAACUUUGCUAAGAUGACAGAGUUGAUUUUAUCAGAUGCUCAAUGCAGAAAAUAGUUUAGAAAAAAACACAUGGAUGCAAUAAGGGAUGCCGUUCUGACACAGGGAUGAAGAAGAUUUUUAGGACACAGUAACCUUCUUGUACCUUCCCUGGGAAUGUUUGAUGGAACAGUGGUCAGAAAGCUUUACUCAGUAUCAAUAUUCAUCUGUACUUGCCCUCAGGGUGUUUGAUGGGACAGUGUGGAGGGAGAUUUACACUGUAUCUAACUCUGCCGUACCUGUCCUGGGAGUGUUUGUUGAGAUAGUGUAGAGGGAGCUGUAUUUUAUCCAACCAUUCACAAAUGGGAAAAUCUUUCCGUGUUCCUCAGCAUGUUCCUUGUCAGGAGGUGCAGAGCCCAGUGCUCAAUGAUAGUUUAAGGGAAGCUAGAUAAACACAUGAGGCAGAAAGGAUUAGAUGAAGAGGGAUGGGAGGAACCGUAUGAGGCGCAAAUGCUGACGUUGGGCCGAUUGGCCUGUUUCCGUAAUAUAAACCUGACAUAGUGAACCAGUGAAACAGUGGCCUGCUUUACUCAUGUUUUGGCAGCUCCCAACAAAGUAAUAAAGUGGAAAAGAGAAGCAGUAAAACUGCCAUCUUCAGUACCUACCUCCAAAAGUGAAACAGUUGGCAACUGGUCACAGUAAUUGCCAAAACUGCCAGGGAGCUGUAUACAGGUUAAGCCAAACAGCUGUGUUAGUUUGAAUUUGAGAAGAUUUUUGAAAAGGGAAGAGGAAGUAGAAGGUUGUUGUGCAGCAUAUCUCUUAAAAAGAAGUCCAGCAGAAUCAGUCAAUAUUUCAGGACACAUACAGCAUGUGAGCCUCAUUAAUGAACAUGAAUUGUCUCUUUUAAAUGAAAGGAAUUUUUAUCCAAAAUGACUCAACAGUCACUCUUGCAUCUUAGUCGUUACCAUGAAACCUCAAGGGCCAUGUCGCUAUUUGUUCCUAUCCACCUCAAGUUACUGAUACCAACAAAGCUUGAGGUUCUGAUUUAGGAUUUAUUAAUUGCUAAAUUACUGCAGGAAACAAAACAAUAAAUAAUAUAAACACAAAUAGAACUGAGCGAUCUGGCUAACUAGUCUGAGAGCCAGUGUUAGCUCACAGUUUGCUUUAGAGUGUCUAAUUAUUUAUAGGAAGGUCAUGGAGCACAUUGGGUCGUAUCUUUCCCUCUGAGCUAGAGUGGGUUUGAGGACCAAGGAUGGUCAAGAAAGACUGGAUUCAGAACCUGCCUCCUGGGCUUAAAUGUGGUUUAGAUCAUGGAUUUGUAGGUUGGACCUGUCAUUGGGAAGAAUUUAAGCUGAUGCUUUACAGGUAUUAGCCACAGCUCAGAUCUUUCCAUAAACAGAAGAUCUUUGAUUCAAAUUCCACUGGAGAAACUGGUGUACAAAGUUUAAGCUAAUGCUUUGUGCAGCACUAAGGGAAUGGUGCAUUGUCAGGGAUGCCUCUUUCUGCAAGUGAAUUUGAAAGAUCCUCCACGACUAUUCAGUGUCUCAGGCAAUACUUUUGUCUGACAACUGAAAUCAAUAAAACAGCUUGGUCAUUUAUGUCAUUUCUAGUUCUGGAAUCUUGCUGUGCACACCUGGCUGCUUUGUUUCUUACACUACAACAGCAACUUCAAAAGUACUUCAUUGAUGUAAAGCUCCUUAUAACUUUGAGAUUAAAAGUACAAGUUGUUAUCUCUCAAUUUUUACUUUGAAAUAUGAGCUAUACCAUCAUAAUAAAUUAAAGCAUUUGAAUCAAAA